AUGGCAGCACCGAGCCUCAUAGCUGCCGAGAUGCUUCCCCGGUUCCUGCUCCCCCGCCUGAGCUGGGGCGCACCGCACGCAGUCUCGCGAUCAGUCGCAUCGACAUCACGACCUUGGGCUGUCGCUUUCCAGGACAAGCCCUCCAGCAGACGCUCGUUUCACCAUGGACAGUCGCCCGCGAGACCCUCAUCCGCCGGCGCGCUCGCGCGCAGGAGCCCGAUAUUGCGGCGCGCGUUCCACGCGACGGCGCUGCGACAGCGCGAUCACCACUUUGACACGCUCAAGUUUGUCAAGCGGCUACAGAGCGAGGGGUUCACCGAGGAGCAGUCCGUCGCCAUGAUGAAGGUCCUGAACGACGUCAUCGAGGAGAGCAUCCAAAACCUCACCCGCACCAUGGUCCUUCGCGAGGAUGCCGCCAAGGCCACCUACACGCAAAAGGUCGACUUCGCCAAGCUGCGCUCCGAGCUCCUCUCCGCCGACAGCACCGAGUCCAACACGACCCGCAGCGCCCACGAGCGCCUGACCAACGACAUCACCAAGCUGAGCAGCCGCCUGCGCGACGAGAUCGGCCGCACCCAGGCCAGCGUGCGCCUCGACCUGAAUCUCGAAAAGGGCCGCAUCCGCGAGGAGGCCGUGUCCCAGGAGCUCAAGAUCAAGGAGACGGAGACGAAGAUCGAGCAGGAGGUGGCGGCGCUGCGGGAGAAGCUGGAGCAGGUCAAGUUCCAGACGCUCCAGUGGCUGAUGGGUGUUUGCACCGGUUUCGCUGCGCUGCUUCUUGGUGCCUGGCGCUUGCUAAUGUAG